GCUUUGGCGGGAUGUCGCUUUAUUUUAAUACCCUUUCGAAACCUCAUAUUUCAUCUCUAAUGAUCAAAUCCUAUGGCGAAACUCUUCCAUUUCCAUCUUCUCCACCACAGAACCAUCUCCAAGAUCCAUCUCAGACCUGUCUUGAUCUGUCCUUUCAACACUGUCGAAGCUUCCAUCGAAAGCUUCCGUCAUUUCCCUUGCAGUUUAAGCACUUCCAGAUCCCAAAUUAGCUCAUGAUCGAUUGAUUAUUCAAUAAUGUCGAGGAUUUCUAAGUGGAAGGAUGAGAAGUUGAAAGUAAAAGUGGUUUUUCGUUUACAGUUCCACGCCACACAUAUUUUGCAAACGGGAUGGGAUAAAUUAUUUGUAUCUUUAUUUCCUGCUGAUUCUGGAAAAGCAACAGCAAAGACAACCAAAGCAAAUGUGAGAAAUGGAACGUGCAAAUGGGCAGAUCCUAUCUAUGAGACCACAAGACUUCUCCAACAUCCAAGAACCAAAGAAUAUGACGAAAAGCUGUAUAAACUUAUUGUGGCAAUGGGUUCUUCUCGGUCCAGCUUUCUUGGUGAGGCUAACAUCAACCUUGCUGAUUAUGCUGAUGCAUCGAAGCCUUGUGCUGUUGCUCUGCCUCUUCAUGGUUGCGAUUCUGGAGCUGUUUUACAUGUCACAGUCCAGCUGCUCACUUCUAAAACAGGGUUCAGAGAAUUUGAGCAGCAGAGGGAGCUUAGGGAGAAGGGGUUCCGGAUGUUGACCAAGCAGAAUGUUCAUGAUUCUGUUCAAAAGUUAUCAGCUUCCUCAGAGAUAGCCAAUGAUCAGGUUGAUGUGAGAAUUAGAUUCAAGUCAGAAUCUAGAGAACUUGCUUCACUUGAGGAGGAUGUGGAAUUGACUGAAGAUCAUGCAGACUCAGCUGUGGGAAUUGAUGAGUCAUCUAACACGUCGGAAAGCAUUUAUGCCGAGAAGCAUGAUACAUCAAGCAAUCAUGAAAUUGAUAGUCUCAAGAGCGCAAUGUCUGGUGAAUUAGGCGGACUUUCCCUUGGUCAAAGUCAUCAGCCUGAGAAAAAGGACCCCUCUGAUCUUCAGAUUUUGCAACCGGGGAGCAGUGAUUGGGGCCAUGGCUGGAGUUCAGACUAUUCCUUGGAUAAUGACUUGACAACUGCUUAUGAAGAGAAUAGUCGGCUUAGAGAAAGCUUGGAAGUGGCUGAGUCUUCUAUCCUAGAGCUUAAGCUUCUAGUAAGCACAGUUCAAAGUCAUGCAGAUGAAUUAGGUGCUGAAACACAAAAGUAUUCUGAGCAGCUUGCUGCUGAAAUUGCUUCUGGAGAAAGAUUGGAAAAAGAAGUUUCUUCACUGAAAUCAGAGUGUUCAAAUUUAAAAUUUGAUUUUGAACAGCUUCGACAUUCUAGAUCGAGUCCUCAGACGACCAAUAAGGAAAUCGUUGUGAAGGAGAAUAAUUGCUUAUUGCUGGAUGUGCAGAUGAAGUGGAUGCAGGGUCUUCUGGUUAUGGAGGAUAAACUAAGGGAGGUUCAGAACAAGGCAUGUCUCCGGUACAGUGAUUGUGAUGUCGGUUUUCUCUUCACAGACUUAGAGGCAUUGCAACGCAUCCUGCAUAAUCUUAAACAGGGUAUCAUAGAAGAAGUUUCUGUGAUAAAUCUACUACCAAUGGAAGUAGGAGAUAUGAAGGGAAAUGGAGCAAUGACUGUGCAAAGACCUGAACACUUCACUGGUGGAGAUGGGGGAAGGGGGUUAGAAGGUUUUGAUGCCAACGAUUCUCUAUCUGAAGGUAUGCUUCAUGGACCUGGCCAGAUUUCUGGGGAGGCUGGAUCUAUUGAUGUAACAUCUGCAAUGGAAACCAGAUUUUGUGAACUUCAAAGGGAGUUAGAAGAGUCCAAAGCUGAACGGGAAGACCUUUCCCGAAAAAUGGGCCAGAUGGAAUGCUACUAUGAAGCUCUGGUUCAGGGGCUUGAGGAAAGUCAGAAGCAAAUGCUGGUAGAGUUGCAGAACCUCAGAAAUGAGCACUCUAGUUGCCUGUUCACAAUUUCUUCCCUUGAAACUCAGAUGGAAACAAUGCACCAAGAUAUGAAUGAUCAGUUGUUAAAGUUUGCUGAGGACAGGCAAAGCUUGGAGUCCCUUAAUAAGGAGCUUGAGAAAAGGGCUCUCACCUCAGAAGCAGCACUCAGAAUGGCUCGCUUAAAUUACUCUGUUGCGGUGGACCGGUUACAGAAAGACCUUGAACUGCUCUCUUUUCAGGUGCUGUCCAUGUUUGAGACAAAUGAAAACCUCAUUAGGCAAGCCUUUGCAGAAGGCUCCCAACUCUGUUUUCAGGAGUACGUGGAAACAGUGGAUCAGGGUAAUGCACCACUCCUAGAUCAGUGCAAAACACCCACACAAGGAAAUCAUGCAAAAUUGCUAUUUCAGAACGAAAACUCAGAUCUAAAUAACCAGUUCUUGGGUGGAGAGGUUCUUUUGCAGGACUUGAAGAGAUUACUUCGCUUCCAAGAAGAUCGUUAUCAGAUGAUCGAAACUGAACUUUAUGAGAUGCAUGUUGUCAACAUGCAUUUGGAUGUGUUUUCAAAGGUUCUGCAAGAAACAUUGCAUGAAACAUGCGAUGGCUUCAGGCUUAUGGAAGAGAAGGCGAAUGAAUUGGCACAACAGCUUGAACAUUCAACUGACUCCAAAGAAUUGUUGAUGCUUCAGCUGAAAACUGCAUUGGAUGAUGUAAACGCCCUCAGCGAGUACAAGGCUAGUUGUGUCACCAAAUGCAAUGACUUAGCAUUGCGAACCCAAAUUCUAGAAGAAAAAUUGGAAUCCAUUUCCUCUGAAAAUUGUCGUCUUACUCAAAAAAUCAUGGAAUAUGAAGGAUUGAUGAUGGAGUCCAGAAGCUACAAAAGUAAAUAUUCUGCAUGCACUGCAGAAAAUAUGGAACUAUUGAAUUUAUUAAAACAGGAAACUCUGGAGAAAGAUAAUCUUAUGAAAGAUAUAAGCUCUUUGCAUGAGGAAUUGACUGUUGUCAAAGCUGAAUUUGUUAAUCAAGUUUCUGUUAGGGACAAUUUGGAUAAAACUGUCAUUUUUCUGCGAGAUAAGUUGGGGGAUCUGAUUUCAACCAUGCUAUCCUAUACGGAGCAACUCAAUGCACCCGUACUUCAAGGUGAAUCUCUGCAGCAGGACUUGCAAAACAAUGACUUAAUCAAUAGCAUCUUGCAUUUGGGAGAGCUUCAAAAGGAAGCUUGUGAAAAGAUAAUUCAACUCGUCCAAGAGAAAAAGGCUAUUGAGGAAGAAAGGGAUAAUGCUCGAAGUUCAUUAAGUGGCAUGAAGUCAGAAAUUUUGAGCAUGAAGCAGAUGUUUGCAUCUGAAAUGGAAGACAUGGUGACUAAACUAGCUCUAUCCCAUGCUCAUGUUGAAAAGCUUCAGCAAAAGCUUGAAGGGUUUGCCAGCAAACUCAUGUUUAGUUCAGAAUCUGAAGAAAAUUAUGCAGAGCAGAACCAAGAGCUUCUCUCAAAAGUUGAAUUGUUGGAAGUUGAGCUGCAACAUGUUGUCACUGAGAACAGGGAUAUUGCUCAAAAGAUUCUGGCCUUGGAAAGUGUCAAUGAGGAGCUUGAAAGAACUAAGCGGGCUGUUUUUGAUAUUAGACAAGAAAACCAUGCUUUAAUGACCUCCUUAGCAGCUGACAAUGAGGAUUCUGUCAAGCUGGCAAUGGAAUUUGAUAAUUUAAAAGAAAGUUUGAGGUGUGUGAAUGCUGAAUUGACAUUUGAGAAAGGCAUCAGAGCUGAAUUAGAGGGCACAGUAGCAGAUCUUACUGCCCAGUUGAAUAAGAAACAUGACCAGCUGCUUGGUUUUGAUAAGCAGAAAGCUGAACUAGUCAAUCUAAAGCAACUAGUAUCCGAUCUAGAAUUAGAGAAAUCAAGAGUUAGUAGUCUUUUGGUGCAUAGUGAGCUAUGCUUAAAAGAGGCAGAUGAAAAUGCUUCAUCAUUGCAUCUCCAAGUUACUGAACUGGAGACUUGCCUGGCAGAAGUGUAUGAAUAUUUGUUAGCUGCCGAUGUUGAACUUGUUUUCACUCGAAAUCAGUUCCAGACCAGGAUGCAGGAGCUCAAUCAGCAACUUAAUUCUUUAGAUGGGCACCAUGAGGAACUCUGUGUGAAACAUCUUGAUGUAUUGAGCACACUGAAUAGGCAUACUGCUAUUGAAGAACGGUAUGUUGAAGAAAAUGCUCGACUGUUGACAGCUCUCGACUCACUAAAGUCUGAGUUAGAAGCCUCGGUUACUGAGAGAAAAGUGCUUGCAGAUAAAGACAAAGAAAGGUCAGCUGAACUUGAGAUGUUUAAGACUCAGGCCGAACAUCAGAGGUUUAAGACAGAGGCUGCCAUUGCAGAAGCUGGUGAAGAUAUCAAGGAUAGUCAUUGGGAUGAACUUGAGGUUGAACGAUUGAAACAUAUGUUGGGUACUUUUGAAGAAGAGAUUAAUAAGCUGAGGUCCUCCAGAGAUGAAAUGGAAAUUACAGUUACAGUUCUCAGAGCCAAAUUAGAUGAACAAUGUGGUAAGAUUUCAUUGCUGGAGGAAUAUGAUGAUGAACUGAUGAUGCUGCGGAAACAGCACAGUGAGCUUACUCACAAGCUUUCUGAACAAACUUUGAAGACAGAAGAGUUCAAAAACCUUUCUAUCCAUUUAAAAGAACUUAAAGACCAGGUUGAUGCUGAGUGUAUACAGGCUCGGGAAAAAAAAGAACCUGAAGCACUGUCCGUCACCAUGCAGGAGUCUCUGAGAAUUGCUUUUAUCAGAGAACAGUGUGAGACGAAGCUGCAAGAGCUGAGAAGCCAGCUAUGUGGUUCCAAGAAGCAUGGUGAAGAGAUGCUGUUGAAACUUCAAGAUGCCCUUGAUGAGGUUGAGAAUAGGAAGAAAAGUGAGGCUUCUCACACAAAGAAAACCAAAGAGAUGUCAUUGAAGAUCUUGGAAUUAGAAACGGAGUUGCAGUCAGUGCUUUCUGACAAGAGAGAAAAGGUCAAUGCUUAUGAUGGAAUGAAAGCUGAACUCGAGUGUUCAUUGAUAAGCCUUGAUUGUUGCAAAGAAGAUAAACAAAAGCUUGAAGCUUCUUUACAGAAAUGUGAAGAGGAAAAGUCUAGAAUUGCAGUUGAGCUUUGUUCUAUGAGAGAACAGCUGAGAGAUAUAAGUAUUCGAGAGGACGGAAAUUCCAGACCAGGCAUUGGGGAGUGCAUGCCCAGUGAGCAAUUCAUGGAUGUUCAACGAGAAGUAUCGUUGGAAUUUGAUCAAUACCUUAAUUCCUUGGACAGAGAUAGACUGUUGAGGUGCAAACUAGCAGAGGACGAAUGCUCACUUUCUAGCAAUGAAAGUAGUCAAUCAAGUUCACAGAUGACAAUGCAAUCCAUACAGGAUAAUACUGUAUCGCAAAGUGUGCUGGGAAGCCCAAUUCAAGUAAUUAUGGGUAAUGAAGCCAUUCUUCAAAAUCAUGAAAAGAAUGUAGCUCUUAUCAGUGACCAUUUCAAAGCCCAAAGUUUGAAGUCUAGUAUGGAUCUCCUACACAGAGAGUUGGAAAGGAUAAAGAACGAAAACAUUGCUUCAUCUCUUUUACAUGAUGACCAUCAAUGUGAACCCGCUUUUCCAGGUUUACAAAAAGAACUGUUGCAAUUACAUGAGGCCAACAAACAACUAGGAAACCUAUUCCCAUUCUUUAAUAAAUUUUCUACGAGUGGAAAUGCAUUAGAAAGGGUACUUGCAUUGGAAAUUGAGCUUGCAGAAGCGUUGCAGGCAAAGAAAAAGUCAAGUAUCCAUUUCCAGAGUUCAUUCCUGAAGCAACACAGUGAUGAGGAAGCCGUAUUCCAAAGCUUUAGAGAUAUCAACGAUCUGAUCAAAGACAUGUUAGAACUGAAGGGAAGAUACAGAGCAGUGGAUAAUGAACUGAAAGAAAUGCAUGGCCGAUACUCUGAACUGAGCCUACGGUUUGCAGAGGUAGAGGGAGAAAGACAGAGACUCUUGAUGACACUCAAGAAUAACAGAGUAUCAUCCAAGAAGUCAUCUCGCUUAAAUUUCACCACAUCAGCCAAUGUUGAAGACUUGUCAUAACAACUUCCAACGAUAUGAGUGGACAUCAUCAAGAAGUCCCAGAAAUUACCAUUCUUUGGCUGUUUUUCCAGGAAGAGUGGAACUUUUAGCAUCUGUAAAUUCAAGUAUCAUAACUCUUGACCUUUUAAGUCAAGGCUGAGAUGUUAUCUUGAUUUUGUAUAAAUAAUAAAUAUUGUCUCCCAUUCUCAUGGUCAGCCAUAAAAUGGUGUAGGAUCCCUGUGGUACAUUCAACUGUCCAUAAUUGGGUAUAUAUAAUUCCUUGACUCUGUAUAGUAAAUUAAAUUCUUUCAUUGAUCAUAGUAGUUGGAGGCUUAAAUGUUUCA